GGACAUUCCCGGUACUGCCGGGUUCAGCAGCUCCCGAAAGUGAAAGGAUCCUGAACCGGGAAGUACCGGGAGUUAACAUGGCUUCGAAAGGACAGGUCGAGAGUUGGACCGAGGAGGUAAUUUGUCCCAUCUGCCUGGAUUUCUUCACCGAUCCGGUGUCACUGGAGUGUGGACACAACUUCUGCCGCUCCUGCAUCACACGGUGUUGGGAAAAGGAGGAGAGAAACUCCUGCCCGGAAUGUAGAGAGGAGUUUGCAGACCGCACCCUUAGGGCCAGUCGGGUGUUAGCAAGACUGGUUGAAAAAGCUCGAAAACUGCACCUGAAUCCGAAAGGGAAGGAAAGUAAACGUUUCUGCGAGGAACAUGAGGAAGAACUGAAGCUGUUUUGUGAGACGGACAAGACUCUGAUCUGCCUGAUCUGUAGAGAUGCGCGGGAACACAAGUCUCACAACUUCAUGCCGGUUAAAGAAGCCGUUAACAUUUACCAGGUAAAAAUAACCCGCUUUCGAUCGUCUGUUUAUGUUGUGUCUUUUUUUGUCUAA